AGUGGCUGUGCAGAUCUUGUGGCACUACAAGUACCCGCAUACCCUCUCUGUGCUCUGCAGGCUGUUGGUAAGUACAUUUGUGUACACACAUGUCCUGCCGGUAAGUGGCUGUGCAGAUCUUGUGGCACUACAAGUACCCGCAUACCCUCUCUGUGCUCUGCAGGCUGUUGGUUAGUACAUUUGUGUACACACAUGUCCUGUCGGUAAGUGGCUGCCGUCAGAGCUCUCCCCCAGCACGGCGUCCAUGACAUCACCUCGCAGUCCAUUAGCCGGCAGCAGUGAGUGACACGGGCCUGUGCUGGAGAACGGCCGCCUGCCACACAUGACACCCGCUCACACUUUCCUUCUGCGUCACCCAUGCGGCUUUCCGGGGACAACGCAGCGUCUGUUUACUGCCGAGUUGUGGAGAAGAGGUGACCAUGUCCUUGAGAUCCUCCCGGCUGACAACUUGAGGCUUUCUGCUCGGUCCUGCAGCCUCCCCCCAUCCUGCACUGAGCAGCAGUUACCGUGUCCGUGCGUCACUGAGGCGCUGCAUGGUGAUGAAGCGGCGGCGCUGGAGGCCGGCACUCUGACUGACGGCAGGAGAGCGCGCACUACUACUACUACCCCCAGCAGCCGGUACCGGAGGCAGGAUGUUGAGCCUACAGGACUCGGUGUUCUUCGAGAUCAGCAUCAAGUCUCUGCUGAAGUCCUGGAGCAGCAGCUCCUCUGCUCCGGCCAGCGCUGUAAACAAGAAGCGGGUCGCUCCCAUCAACCACUGCAUUUUGGAAAAGAGAAGUGUCACAAUGUCAAACAUUACUAUCGAUCCAGAUGUCAAACCUGGAGAAUAUGUCAUCAAAAGCCUCUUUGCAGAGUUCGCUAUUCAAGCAGAGAAAAAAAUUGAAGUUGUGAUGGCUGAACCCCUGGAGAAGCUCUUAUCAAGGUCUCUUCAGAGAGGUGAAGAUCUUCAGUUUGACCAGGUGAUAAGCUGUAUGAGCUCUGUAGCAGAGCACUGUCUCCCCUCAUUACUCCGCACCUUGUUUGACUGGUAUAAACGCCAAAAUGGAACUGAAGAUGAAUCCUAUGAGUACAGGCCUCGGUCUAGCACAAAAUCCAAAGGAGAUGAACAGCAGCGGGAGCGAGACUACUUACUUGAAAGAAGAGACCUGGCUGUAGACUUUAUUUUUUGUUUAGUUUUAGUAGAGGUCCUCAAACAGAUUCCUGUUCACCCAGUUCCAGACCCCCUAAUACAAGAAGUUCUCAACCUGGCUUUUAAGCACUUUAAACACAAAGAAGGGUAUUCAGGAACCAACACUGGGAAUGUGCACAUUAUUGCAGAUUUAUAUGCAGAAGUCAUAGGUGUCCUCGCACAGUCCAAAUUCCAGGCUGUGAGGAAGAAGUUUGUCACAGAAUUAAAAGAACUACGACAGAAGGAACAAAGCCCACAUGUGGUGCAAAGCAUCAUCAGCCUGAUCAUGGGGAUGAAAUUCUUCCGUGUCAAAAUGUAUCCGGUGGAAGAUUUUGAAGCCUCUUUUCAGUUUAUGCAGGAAUGCGCACAGUACUUCUUGGAAGUGAAAGACAAGGACAUAAAACAUGCACUUGCCGGUCUGUUUGUAGAAAUCCUCAUCCCAGUGGCUGCUGCUGUAAAAAAUGAAGUAAAUGUGCCAUGUUUAAAAAAUUUUGUGGAGAUGCUCUACCAGACCACCUUUGAACUGAGCUCAAGAAAGAAACAUUCCCUGGCUUUAUACCCUCUGAUUACCUGCUUGCUGUGUGUGAGCCAGAAGCAGUUCUUCCUCAACAAUUGGCACAUCUUCUUACAGAACUGUUUGUCACAUCUGAAGAUGCCAUCUAACAACAGUAUCAGAAAACAAAUAGAAACUCUUCAGAAUAAGGACCCCAAAAUGUCCCGAGUUGCACUGGAAUCUCUGUAUAGAUUAUUGUGGGUUUAUGUUAUUAGGAUAAAAUGUGAAAGCAACACUGUAACACAAAGCCGCCUUAUGAGCAUCGUAUCCGCACUUUUCCCCAAAGGUUCCCGUAGCGUAGUGCCCCGCGACACACCUCUUAAUAUAUUUGUCAAGAUCAUUCAGUUCAUUGCUCAGGAACGUUUAGAUUUUGCAAUGAAAGAAAUAAUAUUUGACCUUCUGAGCGUUGGAAAAUCUUCUAAAACAUUUACUAUCAACCCAGAGAGAAUGAAUAUAGGUCUCAGAGUCUUCCUCGUAAUUGCAGACAGCUUGCAGCAAAAAGAUGGAGAGCCUCCUAUGCCAACAACUGGAGUUGUUCUUCCCUCAGGAAAUACCCUACGUGUAAAGAAAAUCUUUCUGAAUAAAACCCUCACAGAUGAAGAGGCGAAAGUCAUAGGGAUGUCUGUAUACUAUCCUCAAGUACGCAAAGCAUUGGACAGCAUACUUCGACAUCUCGAUAAGGAGGUUGGCAGACCGAUGUGCAUGACAAGUGUGCAGAUGUCUAAUAAGGAGCCAGAAGACAUGAUUACAGGUGAAAGAAAACCCAAGAUUGACUUGUUCAGAACGUGUAUUGCUGCUAUCCCUAGGCUUAUUCCUGAUGGCAUGAGCAGAGCUGACCUCAUUGAAUUGCUUGCAAGGCUUACAAUUCAUAUGGAUGAAGAGCUGCGUGGGCUGGCUUUCAAUACCUUACAGGCUCUAAUGCUUGAUUUUCCCGACUGGCGGGAGGAUGUUCUUUCAGGAUUCGUUUAUUUCAUUGUGCGGGAAGUGACUGAUGUGCACCCGUCGCUUCUAGAUAAUGCGGUGAAGAUGCUGGUGCAGCUAAUAAACCAGUGGAAGCAGGCGGUGCAAAUGCACAAUAAGAACACUGAUGCACAGCGGGGUAUGCACAAUGGAGCCACCCAUACGCUCCAUCUGGAAAGAAGUCCAGUCUCGAGCGUGUUCCAUGUUGUAGAAGGGUUUGCACUGGUCAUUUUGUGUAACAGCCGACCUGCCACCAGGAGGUUAGCGGUCAACGUCCUCCGAGAGAUACGAGCUCUUUUUACAGUCCUUGAACUUUCAAAGGGUGAAGAGGAGUUGGCUAUUGAUGUCAUGGACAGGCUUAGUCCAUCCAUCCUAGAAAGCUUCAUACACCUCACAGGAGCAGAUCAGACCACUUUGCUGUACUGCCCCAGCUCAAUAGAUCUUCAGACACUUGCAGAAUGGAGUUCAUCCCCCAUCAGCCAUCAGUUUGAUGUAGUCAGUCCAUCCCACAUCUGGAUUUUUGCACACAUCACGCAGGGUCAGGAUCCUUGGAUAAUAAGCCUCUCCAGCUUCUUGAAGCAAGAAAACCUGCCCAAAUACUGCCCCACUGCUGUCAGCUAUGCCUGGAUGUUUUCUUACACCCGCCUUCAGCUUCUUUCUCCACAAGUCGAUAUAAAUAGUCCUAUUAAUGCUAAGAAGGUGACUGCAGUCACAGGCAGCGAUUCGUAUAUCGGCCUUUGGAGAAACUACUUGAUUCUUUGCUGCAGUGCAGCAACGUCUGCAGGUUCUUCAGCUUCUGCAGGUUCUGUUCGAUGUUCCCCUCCAGAGACGCUGGCGUCUACCCCUGACAGUGGAUAUUGCAUUGAUUCUAAAAUUAUUGGCAGUCCGUCCCCCUCAUCCCUAUUCAAGCACAUAGUACCAAUGAUGCGUUCAGAGAGCAUAGAAAUAACAGAAUCUCUUGUUCUGGGCCUUGGCAGGACCAACCCUGGAGCUUUUAGGGAAUUAAUUGAGGAGUUGCACCCCAUAAUUAAAGAAGCACUUGAUAGAAGGCCAGAGAAUAUGAAGCGGCGCAGGCGUCGAGAUAUUUUACGAGUGCAGCUGGUCCGUAUAUUUGAACUGCUGGCAGAUGCUGGUGUCAUUAGUCACAGUUUAAGUGGAGGCCUUGACAAUGAGACACAUUCCCUGAACAAUACUCUGCUCGAAUACGUGGACUUAACCAGACAGUUACUGGAAGCGGAGAACGAGAAGGACUCUGAUACACUGAAGGAUAUCCGAUGCCAUUUUAGUGCCUUAGUGGCGAAUAUCAUUCAAAACGUUCCAGUGCACCAGAGACGAAGUAUUUUCCCUCAGCAGAGUCUGCGCCAUAGCCUCUUCAUGCUAUUCAGUCAUUGGGCAGGACCAUUUAGCAUCAUGUUCACACCACUGGACAGAUACAGUGAUCGGAAUAUGCAGAUAAACCGGCAUCAGUACUGUGCACUGAAGGCAAUGUCGGCUGUGCUGUGUUGCGGCCCUGUUGCAGAUAAUGUUGGACUUUCAUCAGAUGGUUAUCUGUAUAAAUGGCUGGAUAACAUCCUGGACUCCCAGGACAAAAAGGUUCAUCAGUUGGGUUGUGAAGCAGUGAUGCUUUUACUAGAACUCAAUCCAGACCAGAGCAACCUCAUGUUGUGGGCAGUGGACCGCUGCUACACUGGCUCCAAAAGAGUGGCCUCUGGCUGCUUCAAAGCCAUCGCCAGUGUUUUCCAGAACAGGGAUUACCAGUGUGACACAGUUACCCUCCUUAAUCUGAUCCUGUUUAAGGCGGCGGAUUCUGCCCGGGAUGUCUAUGAAGUUGCUAUGCAGCUAUUGCAGAUUCUGGAACCGAAGAUGUUUCGCUAUGCUCACAAAUUAGAAGUCCAUAGAACGGAUGGAAUAUUGAGUCACCCAUCUCCACUACCACACUUGUACUCAGUAUCUUACUACCAGCUCUCUGAAGAAUUGGCGCGCACCUACCCAGAGCUAACACUUGCUAUUUUCUCAGAAAUUAGUCAGCGCAUACAGACUGCGCACCCUGCUGGCCGUCAGGUGAUGUUGCACUAUUUACUUCCCUGGAUGAACAACAUAGAACUGGUAGAUUUGAAGCCUUUGCCCACAGUCCGCAGACACGAGGAUGAAGUAGAGGAGUCACUAAGAGACCGAGAUGUGAUGGUGAACAGCAGGCGCUGGCUGAGAGGAGAGGGAUGGGGUUCACCUCAAGCCACAGCCAUGGUCUUGAACAACUUACUGUACAUGACCGCUAAGUAUGGCGAUGAGGUGGCUUGGUCAGAAAUUGAAAACGUGUGGACCACCCUUGCAGAUGGCUGGCCGAAGAAUCUGAAAAUUAUUUUGCACUUUCUUAUAAGCAUUUGCGGAGUUAACAGUGAACCCAGCCUCCUGCCUUAUGUGAAGAAGGUGAUUGUGUAUCUGGGCAGAGAUAAGACCAUGCAGCUCUUAGAGGAACUGGUCAAUGAGCUGCAGCUUACAGACCCAGUGAGUUCUGGAGUGACACACAUGGACAAUCCACCAUAUUACCGCAUCACUUCAAGCUAUAAAAUACCCUCAGUCACCUCAGGAACCACAUCCAGCAGCAAUACAAUGGUAGCUCCUACUGACAGCAGUCAUGAGAACAAGCAUACAAGGGACGGCAUUGAGGAAAACUAUGCCCAUCUUGAUAUCUACAGUGGUCUGAAUAGCAACCUAAACCGCCAGCACCAUAGACUGGAGUCCCGCUACAGCAGCAGUUCUGGAGGGUCUUACGAGGAGGAAAAAAGUGACUCUAUGCCACUGUUCUCUAACUGGCGCUUAAAAGUGAUGGAACACAACCGAGCAGAGCCUCUGCCCUUCCCACCCACAGGAGGUUGCUGGUCACCCCUUGUGGAUUAUUUGCCAGAGACUACAUCCCCUGGCACAUCACUGCACAGGUGCAACAUAGCAGUGAUCCUCCUGACAGAUCUGAUCAUUGAUCAUAGUGUGAAGGUGGAGUGGGGAGGCUACCUGCAUCUCUUACUGCAUGCCAUCUUUAUAGGCUUUGACCACUACCACCCUGAAGUGUAUGAGCACUGUAAGCGCCUGCUUCUACAUUUACUGAUUGUGAUGGGAUCUAAUAGCAGUGUGCAGACUGUGGCGUCCAUUCUCCUCAGGAAUAGGGAAUGUAAUGAACCUCGGGUACUGACUGUAAAAAGCAACGCACAUCUAGAGUUCUCCUUCACAGGUAUGAAUGACUUUAUUCCUGAAUACCAGCCUUCCCCCAUGACGGACUCAGGGCUCAGCUCAAGUUCUACCUCUUCUAGCAUUAGCUUAGGGAAUACAAGCACUGCUGUUUCUCACUUGCAUACAAGCAUCCUCAAUGAGACUGAUCUCUCUGUGGAGCAGGACGAGAAGGUCAAAACACUCAUAGAGUUCAUUACAUCGAGAAAAAGAGGACCUCUGUGGAACCAUGAAGAUGUUUCUGCGAAAAAUCCUUCAAUUAAAAGUGCUGAGCAACUUACCGUAUUUCUAAAGCAUGUGGUCACUGUCUUCAAGCACUGUAGAUCAGGGUUCCAACUGGAGCAGCAUCUGAGUGAGGUAGCACUGCAGACGGCGCUGUCUUGCUCCUCUCGCCAUUAUGCUGGACGGUCAUUCCAGAUUUUCCGUGCCCUCAAGCAGCCUCUUUCUGCACAAACACUUUCAGAUGUCCUUUCAAGAUUAGUAGAGACUGUGGGAGAUGCAGGGGAGGAGGCUCAGGGUUUUGUCAUCGAGCUUCUCCUUACACUGGAGUCGGCCAUAGACACGCUGUCCGAAACCAUGAAGCAUUAUGACCUCCUGUCAGCCCUCGCUCAAACGUCUCACCAUGAACCCAUGAUGGGAAACAAGAAUGCUUUGAACCGGAAGAGCACUGGUCAGCUGAAUCUAAGCACAAGUCCUCUGAGCAGCGGGAACUUUAUGGGUUAUUGCAACAAUGCUAGAAGCAACUCUUUGCGGCUAAGCUUAAUGGCUGACCGUAGAGGAGACAGGCGUCGAAGCAACACACUGGAUAUAAUGGAUGGCAGGAUAAAUCAUGGAGGCAGCUUAGCAAGAACUAGAAGCCUUUCCUCUCUUAGAGAGGGCGGAAUGCAUGAUCUGCAGCCCACUACUGACCCAACCAAUCUAAUGGCCACCAUUUUCUGGAUAGCAGCGUCCUUGCUGGAAUCAGACUAUGAGUAUGAGUACUUACUUGCUUUGAAGCUACUCAACAAGCUGCUUACUCAGAUGCCUCUGGAUAAAUCAGAGAGUCGAGAGAAGAUUGAAAAGGUGCAGGAGAAACUUAAAUGGAAUAACUUUCCUGGUCUUCAGCAGCUCUUCUUGAAGGGUUUUACCUCUGUGUCCACCCAGGAAAUGACUGUUCACCUUCUCAGCAAACUCAUCACUGUCUCCAAACAUACACUGGUGGACCCUGCCCUGCUAGCCGGGUUUCCUCUAAAUAUCUUGUGCUUAUUGCCUCAUUUAAUUCAACACUUUGACAACCCCACACCGUUCUGUAAAGAAACUGCAGACCGGAUAGCCAAGGUUUGUGCAGAGGAGAAGACUGCCACACUGACAAACCUGGCCCAUAUGAUGAGUCUGUACAGCACACACAGCUACUCUAGAGACUGCUCCAAUUGGAUCAAUGUUGUGUGCCGCUACCUACAUGACUCCUUUUCAGAUACCACCUUCAGUCUUGUCACCUAUCUUGCUGAGCUCCUGGAAAAAGGCCUGUCCAGCAUGCAGCAGUCAUUGCUGCAGAUCAUCUACAGCCUGCUCAGCCACAUUGACCUCUCUGCAGCGCCAGUAAAGCAGUUUAACCUGGAAAUCAUAAAAAUCAUAGGCAAAUACGUGCAGAGUGCGUAUUGGAGGGAAGCACUGAAUAUCUUAAAACUUGUGGUGUCCCGCUCUGCCAGCCUGGUUGUGCCAAAUGAUGCUCCAAAAUCCUACGUGGAUUUAGGUUCACCUGAGAUCUCGUUUGCAAAAAUAUUUAACUGCGCCUCGAAGGAGCUUCCGGGAAAAACAUUAGAUUUUCAUUUUGAUAUAUCAGAGACACCAAUAAUAGGGCAGAAGUACGGGGACCAGCAUAGUGCAGCUGGAAGGAAUGGGAAGCCAAAGGUCAUCGCUGUGACUCGGAGCACAUCAUCCACUUCUUCAGGAUCCAACUCCAAUGCACUUGUCCCUGUCAGUUGGAAGAGACCACAGCUUUCUCAGCGGAGGACACGGGAGAAGCUGAUGAAUGUCCUUUCCCUGUGUGGCCCUGACUCUGGGCUCCCCAAAAAUCCAUCAGUGGUCUUCUCAUCAAAUGAAGACCUGGAGGUUGGAGAUCAGCAAACCAGCCUCAUUUCGAGCACAGAAGAAGCAAUUCAAGAGGAGGAAGUCGCUGUGGAGGACACUGGCAGUGAACAGCAAUUUGGUGUCUUCAAGGACUUUGACUUUUUGGAUGUUGAGCUGGAAGAUGCUGAGGAGCUGCAGGGUGAGAGCGUUGACAACUUUAACUGGGGAGUCCGCAGACGGUCGUUGGACAGUAUUGACAAAGGUGACACCCCGUCUCUGCAGGAAUGUCAGUACUCUGGGAGCACGCCUAGUCUGAAUUUAACCAACCAAGAAGAUACGGAUGAGUCCUCAGAGGAAGAAGCGCUGACUGUCAGUCAGAUCUUGUCCCAUUCAAACAUGCUUCAGAAUGACUCUGCAGUGGAAGACAACCUGGCUGACCACGUGGACCACUUCCUCCAGUCUCAGGACUCAAUUAGUAGUGCUCUGACAGAGGAAGUGUUACAAACCAGAUCUGAGACUCCAAGUGUGGAGGUGACCCCUCCCGAUAGCGCUAACAGUCAGCUGCCUGAGGAUGGCAGCAUAGCUGUAAAAGAUGAACAACUGAGCACAGCUAGUGAAGACACCGGCUCGUAUGUGGCACAGGACCAGCACGAAGCUCUGAUUUGUCAAGAGCCCCUAGAAGUGGAAGAAGCAUGUGAUGUACAAGAGCCGGCCGCUCCUGACAGCCCCCCUGAUUCUGUCUGUGAAGAUGAUGUCACGCUGGCUUUAAAGGAGCUUGAUGAGCGAUGUGAGGAGGAAGAGGCUGAUUUUUCUUAUUUAUCAAGCCAAGAUGAUGGGGAACCGGAUGGCUAUACAGAGGUCCAGGCAUCUCCUCCACCUUCCCCUUUUCUCUCUGCCAUACUAGCCGCUUUCCAGCCAGUGGCCUAUGAGGAUGAGGAAGAAGCCUGGCGCUGUCACGUGAAUCAGAUGUUGUCUGAGACAGAUGGCUCCUGUGCUGUGCAUACCUUUCAUAUCUUCUCCAGACUUUUUCAGAGUAUUCAAAAAAAGUUUGGGGCGAUAACAAAGGAUUCCAUUAACUUCCUGGGAGAAAGUCUGCAGAGAAUAGGCACAAAGUUUAAGAGUUCCUUGGAGGUGAUGAUGGCAUGUUCAGAGUGCCCAACAGUCUUUGUGGAUGCAGAGACGCUCAUGUCAAGUGGGUUGUUGGAGACCCUGAAAUUCAGUGUGCUGGAACUGCAGGAACAUCUGGACACCUAUAACUCUAAGUGGGAAGCAGCAGAACAGUGGCUGGACAACUGCAAGAAAACCUUCAGUUCUGGAGACAGCCGUCACGUGCCUAACACAGAAGCCCAGCAAAUGGAAGUUCUAGCAGAGCUGGAGCUUUGUCGGAGGCUCUACAAGCUGCACUUCCAGCUUCUUCUGCUGUUCCAAGCCUACUGCAAGCUCAUAAGUCAAGUGGACACGAUUAAGAAGCAGGCGGAGGUCAUCAACAUGUCAGAUGAGCUAUGCCAGCUGGAGGCCUGUCUGAAAGAGGCAGAGGCCACAUCUAAUAUCGGUAUAGAGGACUGUGACUUUUCCGAAUUCUACCAAGCAAGCACAGAGGUUGCUGUCCAUUCUCUCAUUGAAGCACUGAGAGGGAAAGAAUUUUUGUCUGCCAUAACACAGAUCAAGGCAUUCAGGACUAUCUGGCCCAAUGAAAUAUUUGGCAGCCAAGAAGAUGAUCCCAUCCAAACCCUGUUGCACAUAUAUUUCCGACAUCAGACUCUGGGCCAGACUGGCAGCUUUGCCAUUGUUGGUUGCAAGCAGGACAUGUCUAAAGCCAGCUCGAAGCUGAUGGAGUUAAACCUAGAGAUCCGAAUGUCAUUGCGCAUGGUGCAGUCCUACCAGCUUUUAUCUAAAGCCAAGCCCAUCACUAGCAUGGUGAGCACUGAGUUUUGAGCACCUGCUGCUGCGUAGGCCUCAGACUUUUCAAGCACUGGAUGUCUAAUGAUCUUAUGAAGCACCUUUCAUAAUUACUGUAAAAUACCUUUGAGUUGUAUUCUUUUCUUUUCUCAUGCCUCUGAGCUCCAGCAAGUGGGGCAUUCAGAGCCCAGGGUGAGAAGCUGGGAGUAGUGGACUUUUUCUGUAUAGUGGAUUUAAGAGAGAAAGCGAUAAUUUUUCUCCUUUACUUUGUUACGUAUGUACCAUCCACAAGCUAAAGGGCUAACAUGAUGUACAUAGGUGUGCAGUUGCAAUAUGGCCCAUCUGCCUGGGAGACGGCAAGCAGAGGCGUGAUGAUAGAAACUGUGGUGACUUGCCCGAAGACAUUCUUUGGUUCCUUGCCACUCAAGAGUCAAUAUGCCUGAUAAAUGCUUGGCGCCAUAAGGAUUGCCACAGGCGACCAUGGCAGAAGAUGGCCUAUAAAGACUUUGGAAACCAUUGAACUUUGUUUAUGUUGCUAUUUGUUGUACGUGUCUUUUGAUUUGCUCUCUUGCCCGUAGCGAUGGGUGACAGGACAGAACGCGUGGCUGUAUCUAAUUGUAUGAAUGUUUGUAUAUAGUCUUCACGCAUGCCUCAAAGAGUACUAUGACAUUAUUUUUGGAUAAAUUUUUAUUUUAUUAGAUCUAACAACUCAUAGCUUGUAAAUGUUAGGACAUUUAAUUAUUUUAAACUGGGCUUUCCCCGGUGUUUCUAAAAGAAAUAAUAUAUCUUAAUUUUAUUAGGAUGCUGCUCAGUUCUCUGACCAGUGUUUAUGGUAUAAAUAUGGAUAACUAACCAAAAAGUAGCUGCCUGCAGAGAGUUUCAUAAUGUAUAUUUAGAUAUCUGCUGCCCAACAGCAACUCUCAUUAGACAGAACAGAUAACUUAUUUUAUUCUGUAUAUAUUCUAGAAUCUACGUACGGUGUAAAACCAGUAUUUUUUUUUUUUUCUUGUAAAUCUGUGCAAUUCAGUCUUUGAGGUGGUCAGUGUACAGAAACUAAGUAAACCCUGUUCAUAGUUGCUCUUGGAAGAGCCAAUGCUGACGACCAUGUCUGGUGGCUAAGACUAUAUCAACAGGUAUUUCUUAUUGUCCGUAACUUAAUCUACCAGGAAACAGUUAUAGAAAAAUAUACAGGAUAAGCUACCAAAAAUAUACAGCGUUGGCAAUACACAUUCACUGUACAAGAAGUGCAUAGACAGAACCAAUUCUUCAGCACAACUAAGAUAACCGGUGUCUAGGUACACGGAUGACAUUUUUUGUAAAAAGGUAUGAAUGUAGCCCCGUGAUUCUUGUCUAACCAGGAAUACUCUGCAAUUUUUAUACAUCUUUUACCCACUGUGAUUAAAAACAGAAAGUAUAUAUUUAUUUCUGUACGCGAGGAUAUGUAUUCUUUAUAAAGGACAGAUUAAUUGGCAUCGCCUUUUCAUGGGGCCACUGGACCUCUGAAAACCAGAAUUAUGUACAUAUUAACUGUUUAACACUUGGAACUGGCUGCCCUAUGUUCUGUAGGUGCCCACGGCUUUGAAGAGGUUAACUAUGAAACUGCACUCUAAAAGACUGCAGGUAUGAACCUGUAAGAGCAAUCCACAUCACCUGAAGGAACCACCGAUCUGACCCGUCAUCAUGGCACAUUAGUACUAAGUAAUCACUGUAUUUUAUUUGACACCAGACGGAAAUGUGGUACUUUAGAUGGUAAUUCAAGAAGUACUUACUGGGGACAAGUAGUUUAUUAGCAGUGCAUUAUUCCUUACAUCCUACCAGCCAUUCAUUUUUGUUAAAUAAAAAGAUUGUAUAAUGUUA